AUGUCAUCCGAACCAGAAGUGCCCGUCAUAAUCAUCGGCGGUGGCAUCGUGGGCCUGUCCGCCUCCAACUUCCUCGCUCACCACGGCAUACAUUCCAUGGUGGUGGAGCGCCACAAAGGGACAUCGAUCCAUCCGCGUGCGCGCAGUGUCAAUGCCCGAACGAUGGAGCUCUAUCGGCAACUUGGAAUUGAGGAACUGGUCCAUGAAGCUGGUGCGUCGUUGUCACCGAGCAAGGGCAUCUACAAGGGCGCCUCUCUCAAGGAGGUCAUUGAGCCCCUAUCCCGCUCCGGAGCUCUCAGAAGUAUACCGUGGACUGGAUUUCUGGCACCCCUGAGCCCGGUGAACGGGACAUUUGUCACUCAAGACAUGAUCGAGCCCGUUCUCUUGAAGGUUGCCAAGGAGCGUGGGGUGGAUGUGAGGUUCAACACGGAGUCCAUCGAUAUCGAGCAAGAUGACAAUAGUGUUACUGUCGUCUUGAAGAAUCGGGAGACUGGGCACAAUGCGACUAUCCGAGGACGCUACCUGAUUGCCGCCGAUGGCGCGGAGAGUCCAAUCCGCACUCGUCUCAAGGUUCCAACGUCGGGCAGGGGCACGAUGGGCCAUUUGCUCAACAUCCUCUUCCACGCUGACCUCAAAUCUCUGGUGCAAGGACGAGAAUUUUCUCUGUGCAAGAUUGAACGUCCCGAAGUAACCGGUCUCUUCACGUCCAUCAACAACGACGACCGCUGGGUCUUCCACCUUCUGUAUGACCCGUCGAAGGGCGAGCAACCGUCAGACUUCCCACCCGAGAGAUGCAAAGAACUGCUGCGUCUGGCCCUCGGAAUCCCGGACAUUGAGAUCGACAUCAAGAGUAUCCUCCCGUGGAAACCGUCUGUGCGGAUUGCGGAGCAACUGCAGCACGGUCGGAUCUUCCUUGCGGGCGACGCGGCACACCAGAUGCCACCGUGGGGAGGCCAGGGGGCCAAUUCGGGCAUCGCAGACGUCCAUAACCUCGCCUGGAAGCUCGCGGCCGUUCUGCAAGGGCAUGCGAGCAAGUCGUUGCUCGAGACGUACGACGUGGAGCGGAUUCCCGUGGGACGGGCGGCUGCCGAGUUCUCGGCAAGCAACGCUGAUGAGAAUGGAAUCAUCGCGGCAAAGGGACCACUUACGUUGGCACUGGUUUUAGCCCGAGGCUUCCGUCUGCUUUCCGGCCACGGAGCCUUCUAUGCCAGCAAGGCGAUCUGCGCAGAGAACACUUCUCCCCUGGGAGGAUGGACCUGGAGACCGUGGACCAUGCCGAGCCUGAUGCUUGCGAUCGACGGAAGACCUGGGAGCAGGGUUCCUCACUUGUGGGUCGAGCACCGGGGGAAACGUGUUUCGACACUCGAUCUCUGCGGCAAGACCUUUGUGUUGUUCGCUGGGGCAGACGGCAUGUCGUGGGUGGAAGCAGCGAAGAAGGCGUCUUCGGCCAUGAACGUCGACUUGGCCGCGUAUCGUGCCGCCCCUGACGGCGAUGUGGUCAGUCCGAAGGGAAGACUCGAAUCUGCCGCAGGCAUCUCGUCUCGAGGCGCGAUCCUUGUGCGUCCGGACGACUUUGUGGCGUGGCGCCAGCGGAGGCAGGUGUCUGAUCCUCAGGCCGAGCUCACAAGGGCGAUGAGACAGGCACUGUGUCUAUCAUGA